UAAACCCUGGCGCUACGAGAGUUCUCUUUUGUCGCUGUCGCCUCGCCUCGCCUGUGUAUCUGCUGCCCGUUUCGUCUGUCGUUUCGUGUAGCGUGUAGCGCCAGCAGCCAACAUGCAGAACGAGGAAGGUGAUAAUGUGGACCUCUACAUCCCGAGGAAGUGCUCUUCGACCAACAGGUUGAUCACUUCCAAGGAUGUCGCUUCAGUUCAGCUGAAUGUGGGUCACGUUGACGAGAACGGCGUGUAUACCGGCCAGUUCACCACUUUUGCCUUGUGCGGCUUCGUCCGUGCUCAGGGCGAUGCCGACAGUGCUCUGGACAGGCUGUGGGCAAAGAAGAAAGCUGAGCUCGGCCAGUGAACGGUGAAAUUAUAGACUGUCAUGUGACUAGGAUCCCACUUUCGUUAAUCCUAAUCGAAUCGUCUUUCUACCCAA